AUGGCACCUGCAUAUGACUACCCGAGCUCAGAGGGGAGCUCUCGUGCCAGCUCCAGUGGCCCUCUACCAGUGCCGGCGAAAGACGAAAUAAUGGACCUCGAGGCGACGUAUCAAAAAAGUGUGAUUCAGCAAAAUGGCAUUCGGGCCGGGGAAGAAGUCGACUACUUCGCCGCCCAGCUUGAUAGGUUCAAUGUUGACACAACGGAGUCGCCCGCCGAACAACGGUCUCAAAUAUUCCAGCUCGUCGAUUCUUACUAUGCAUACACUCAGAAAUGGGCCGACCGACUGCGAGAGCGCCGACCACGGGACCGAUCUGCGCAGGGAGCUGGCUGGCAAAGAGCGGGCUCUAUCGAGAUGGAAAUUGAUGAAACCGAUAAUGGGGGAGGUGCCUUUUCCGACGAAGAAGCUCGCUGCGUGGAAGAGGAGGCCCAAACCUGGGAUCUUCUUCGGCGCCUCCUUCCUCUCCGAUACGGCGACCAAGCCGCAGCACAGCCGCGGCCACCCAAAAGGGCUUCGAUUUCAUGCACCCGCAAAGAUUGGUGGGACGAAUUUCUGGUAGCUGACUCCGCCGCACGGGAGAGGAAGGUUGUUUUGGAAUGGCUCCAGAGCAGCGCAAGCCAAGGCCCCCCAAUCGACGAGGUUGUGAGCGAGCUCCAGCAGAAUGCCGAGCGAGGCGACAUAUUAGCACAUGGGUGGCUUCAUACUCGUCACAAGAUCAAACUACAAAAGAGCGUCAACGGGUAUCAAGGAGUACUGGAACCCAGCGAUGCCGCGGCCGCCCAAUCGCACCUCAGUUCUAACACGCUGGUAACUCAACUGGACCCAGAUGCCGUCACCCGCCAAGCCCGCAAACUGGAACCCCAGGAUGGAUUCUUUGAGCGCGCAAUUUGGCUCGGUUGCUUUGAGAUGCUUCGCAGAGGUUGCUCAAUGAACGAGAUUAGGGAGUGGUGUGCCGAGCGAACCGAGUUAUGGAGGGCAGCGUCCAUCGCCCCCCUGCCGCUUUCCAAUCCCGAUGAUGAGGAGCAGCCGGAGUUCGAACCGAGCUCGUUGAUCUUAUGGAGACGCAUGUGUCAUGCUGCUGCCAAAGAAGGAGGCACAGGGGACUACGACAAGGCGGUGUACGGCCUACUCGCGGGCGACAUUAGCAGUGUGGAAGCUGUGUGCAAGUCUUGGGAUGAUUUCCUGUUUGCGAACUACAAUGCUCUCCUCAGGACACAGUUCGAUAUGUACCUCACCAAGCAAGGCGGCGAUGUUGCAAACACGGCUGCGGAGCAGUUUCCUUCUUUCAACGCCGUCCUAUACCACGGCGACCCGACAACCGCCGCUAAAAGACUUGUGGAGUCUUUUGAGAAGAAUCACAAACUCAAGGAAGAAGCGGCGCGCAUGACGAAAGCGCUCCAGGGAGCUAUCAUUUCAAACGACUUAGACACCCAUCUAUACCACCAAGGCGCUGUUCUGGGCAGGCAUGCAAACGACGGCAAAGACCCGUCUAAACUUAUCCUUCCGGAUCCUGCGUACAGAGGGAAGUUGAUUGAGGCCAAGUUUUUCAACCUGGAAAACCAUGGCGGUCUCCGGAUCCUAUCCCACGUCCUCAUUAUCAUCUCCAUUCUCGAUCGCCUCGCUGGCUCCAGGCCAGAAAGGAACUCGUUGGGGGGCCGGCAGCAGGCCCAAGAAAACAUCAUCACCUCAUACCUCAGCUUCCUGCGCCUUGCUGGCCUGGAAGAAAUGAUUCCGUUGUACUGCUCCAAACUACAUGGACACCGCCUCUAUGAUGCUAUGAGCAGAAACCUAAACCACAUCGUUGACAUGGACGCCCGGUCUCAUCAGCUUACGAUAAUGACGAAGCUCGGGAUCGAUGUCGCGAAGUUUGUGAAGCGCCAGCCGCUGAUUUACCUUGAAGAUGUCAAAGACACAAAGGCACGUUGUGACGCCAGGGUAACCGUCAAGUAUGGCCGUCCCGUGAAGCUCGACUUCUUUGGCGACGACGCCGAGUUUGUCGACCAUGAAGACGAACUGAUCAUUCGCGCCAUGGAGUGGCUCUUGUUGGCCGAAGGUCAAUUCGUGGAGACUUGCACCUACGCCAUCCGGGUAUACAAGUACCUGCUCAAGCGGACACGGCUGCGCGCAGCACGCGCCCUCAGCGAGCGGGUAUCCGGGCGCGCGAUUGUCAGAAGGAAGACCCCCAUUCCUGUGAGAGACGCCGCCGAGGAUCCGGGCCCUGGCUGGUUUGACGAGUUCACCUCUAGUGAUUUCCCAGACGACUUUCUCGAGGCCUGUCGGUUGAGCAAAGGCAAACUCAUCACCCUCGUGAAGAAUGUGUGGGAGCUGGAGUGCCUUGUCAAAGCGCUGGACUCUAUUGAGUCUCUGUCGUCGUUAGCUGGGAUUAGCAGAGAAGAGAACAGCGGGUCUCGAGAGAUGUGGCAACAUACGAACCGGGAGGUUCGGUCCGCCAAGUCGAGCAUGAAGCCGGUAUUGAAGGGCUGGUUGUUAACAUCAAACGAAGUCGACGAAGAUUUCCAGUUACUCCGCGAAGCCUACAUCCCGGAAACGGUGUUGGCGUAUAUCAGCUGCCUCCACUUUGCCGGCACAUCUCUUUCUCGCGACAAUCUCAUGGACUGCAUGGACCUCGCUGCCACGAUUGCCGAGAAGGAUUCCGACGUGGCCCGGGAGUUCCUGAAGUGUGGGCGGAUGAAGGAGCUAGUCGAGGCGUUUGCGUCGUGCAGCAAGGCGUUGGCGAUCUGGUCGUCCGACAAGAAAGGGCCGCAGACAAGCUCCAAGAAGACGAGAGAGUCGGGAUGGUCGCGAGAGCUGUGGUCUAUUAAGCCCUGA